GCGGGCUCGCGGAGGCUUGGCCGUGUGGGGCCCGGCGGACGGGGGAGCAGCGAUGGCACCGAACGUGCAGAGCCGGGAAGGCGAAGGCCGGAGCCUCCGCAGGGGCCUCCGGGCCGUGCUGCUGGGGCCGCCCGGGGCGGGCAAGGGCACCCAGGCUCCUAAACUUGCUGAAACCUACUGCGUUUGCCACCUGGCAACAGGUGACAUGCUGAGGGCCAUGGUGGCUUCAGGAUCGGAGCUGGGUAAAAGGUUGAAGGAGACUAUGGAUGCUGGGAAGCUGGUGGGUGAUGAGAUGGUGGUGGAACUGAUUGAGAAAAACCUGCAGUCUCCUCCCUGCAAAAAUGGCUUCCUGCUGGAUGGUUUCCCUCGCACAGUGAAGCAGGCGGAGAUGCUGGAUGAGCUCAUGGAGAAGAGAAGCGAGAAGCUAGAUUCUGUGAUUGAAUUCAGCGUUGCUGACUCCUUACUCAUCCGGAGGAUCACUGGACGGCUGAUCCACCCAGCAAGUGGCCGCUCUUACCACGAGGAGUUCAAUCCCCCUAAAGAGCAUAUGAAGGACGAUGCCACCGGGGAGCCCUUGAUCCGCCGUUCUGACGAUAACGAAGUGGCUUUGAAAACUCGGCUGAAGUCCUACCACACCCAGACCAUCCCGCUGGUAGACUACUACACCAAACGAGGGAUCCAUACAGCCAUAGAUGCCUCCCAGUCCCCUGACGUGGUGUUUGCCAGCAUCUUGGCAGCCUUCUCGAAAGCCACAUGUAAAGACCUGGUUAUGUUUGUUUAGGGCUCUGCUAGUGCAGCACACUCCCUUCUCCUGGGGGGUCAGGGAGAGGAACGGCCCAUUAGAGAGCGGAAGGAGUGGGGAUGACAGCCGGAGAGAGGGCUGUGCAAAGUGUCCAUUAAACAAGCAGUUGCUGGUCUAUUUUUCUGGCCUAUGUCAGCAUGCUGGUAUGUUUCCGUAUACCUGUGUGUGAGAGAGAAUAUAGCCUGUAGGGGGCGCAGUGAGCUAAUGUACCGGCUCUUUGCUGCUAAUAACAUGAUUAGAUCCAGUCAGGUCAAAAGUGAAAGUUUGGUUUCUUCUGAAGAGUCCUAGUUAAUGGGAAAACAGCUGCACUUUCCGCUGUUCGAUCUCUUUGGCUGGGACCCAGCAUGGCAGUAGCAGGAGUACUGAAGGUCAUGGCUGAUCUGGGAGGGAGAAGCUCGCAGUACACAGGUCAAUGGCGUCUUCCAUGCCUCGCCGGACGGCUGUGGAAAAUAAAACGCUCUGUCUGCUUGCAGGAAGUGAGCGUUGUCUGUGUGGGAGGACGAAUGAAUGCAAAAUAUGUGAGCGGAGAGUGUGCUGCUUAGUACCAUUUCAGAGCAGACGCCUUUACCUUGUGGUACAUGUCCUAUUUAUUUUAUACUGCGUGAGCAGUGCUGUAAUAACCAGCCUUGUUUUCUUGGAGGGGAAUCUGGAUCCCAGUGGGUUUGACUCUAAAGGGGGAAGGUGAGCGUAGGCCGUAGGAGACUCCCCUUUGGAAACGGGGUGGGAACGGAAGCUGUCUCCUCAUCCCCUGAUCAUGGGAGACGAUGUGGCGAGCCCUUCGUGCCGUUUUCUCAAGGUUUCCAAACAAGUCAUUUUUCAAGAAGUGUGCGAUAAAAGCUUUGAGUGUCCUUGAGCCCUUCUGACUUGCCUUUUGAGAUCAUGGAAAUGCACUUGGGUUUCUCAAGCAAGCCUAAGUGCUCGUGCUGAAACCCGUGCUGCCCGAUGUUGAUUUUAACGUGACAGAGGUCAUGCUGCCCUCACAGUAAAAACACGGCUGGUAUGAAAGGAACGAACUCUGUCCUCUGUGGAAAUCUCAACAGUACGUAGAAGCUUCUGGUAUAAAUGCUUAUUGGCCCAGAUGAAGCUGAGUGUCCUUUAACCUUCAGUGUAUUUUGCUGACUUGGUGUAAUAGGCUGUGUAAUCUCAUUGUGUAUAGGAGAUGUGGAGUCUUUGUGCUGAGCUGCCUGAGGGACUGGCCCGUUCAGUUUGGGGGUCAGCCAGGAGGCAUUCUUCUCUCCUUUUGUUCAUGAUUUACUGUUAAUCACACUCUGCUCCUGGACAUCCUUUCCUGUGAAGUAUAGUCGUCCCUUCCCCCUUUCAAAAAUCUGUAAAUAGCCCCAGAAACUGAAAGUGGUCUCGUCACUGCUGCUCUCUGAAAGCAUGUGACUGUGCGGGAAGGGGCGUGGAGGGAAACCAGAAGUUUAGACUCUUGCUCUAUUUGGGUCUUCCCCAACUUCCACUGCCUUGCAGUGGUAUUUCCUCUUGCUUCACCGCAGCGUAGACUGUGGUGUUGCUGCUAGUGGGGUGCUGGGUACAGAUGCUCUGAAAGCAGAUAGGAGCUUCCAGUUAGUUCAGGAAUGUAAGAAGACUGGGUAUAGACAGCAACGGAAAUGAGUGUCUGUUGGAGCCACUACGGUAUAAUUGUUUGCCUGGAAUGACAGAAACGGUCCCUUGAGUGUACUUGAAUCUCUUGAGAAGGGGAGCCCAUGUAGCAAUAAUCUAAUGGCAGAUUCCCACUAAAUGGCCUGGAUUUGGGAACCAGCGCACCCCACCCCCAUGUGUGAUCUGCAUCUGUCCUACAUGUCAGCCUCAUUCUGCUGUUAACCAUGAUGGUUUGGUUUUUAUUUCUUAAAUCUGUUUGUUUUUUGUUUUUUCUUUUUGUUUCCCAUUUAUUUCAGCUCAGUGACUCCAUAGGCCAGACAAGACACGACCAAAGGCUGCAUGCUCCAUCACCUCACUCCAUCCCUUCCCCUUGGGAGAAAGGGAGGUUGGGAGGGAUAGGGGGGUCAUGGCUGAUCAGAGGAAAGGUGGGGAAGAAGGAGAAGGCAGAGUGGUUUGUUUCUCAUCAGAAUCAUGUUCAAGAGGAGAUUGAUCUUUAAUUAAAAAAAAAAGACAAAUAUUUGGGGAGGAAGAACACAUUGUAUUGUAUGAAAACGGAUUUCUGUGCCAAAGAUCAGACCGCUGAGCCUUUGCCCUGCGAUGAGCCUUGGACUUGGUGCAAUUUCAAGCUUCCAAAUGGGACUCUUGGUACUGCCGUUGCUUGGUGGCUCUGCAUGGUUUCUUUUUCCCCUAAGGUCAUUGUAGAAUGUGUUUCUGCUUCCUAAACGUAAUUCCCCUAUUGUAGGACCAAAAUGAAUACGUGAAAUGACUCCUUAGCUCUGUAAUAGAGAAAAGAGCUGACGAAAUUGUACUUCCCUCGUUUCCUGGAUAUUUUGGCCUUCCUAAAACAAGGCAAAGGUGGUCUGAGGAGCUUUCUGCUCCUGUGUGAUGCCAUCCAGGACCUGAGCUCAAGCCCAAGCCUUCCAUCUUUCUGAUCUUGAUAAAGCUGAACGUCCUAAAAUGCUGAAGAAAUACGUAGGAUUUUACCCCUCUUCCACUUGACUGGAAGCGACAAUGAAUUCGAUUUUUUUGCCUCUUUUUACAAACCAAAUGCUGCCUUGUCUAGUCUCUGAAUCAAUAAAACAUACUUUACAUUU